CACGCCCCUCCUCCUCUCUGGCCUCUACUCCCGCUGCCAAAAUAUGUGAAAGUCAAUCCAAGCCCAGUCCAGUGAGUAGUUAUUUAAAACUAGAGACUGGAGACCAUCAUGGCAGGACUACCGACCACCUCCACCAGUCUGCUCAAAGACAGGCCCUUUAAUCCGUGAAAAAAACACCCGGCGCUUUUCGGUUCACUUUCCAGUCCCGGUGCUUGUUUUGUUCGGAUGUCGCUCCCUGUGGUGCUGCCGGGCUCCUGCUGCCCGGUGACCGGGGCUUCGCAGCUGGCGGAGCCGUCUUACCGAAGCCGACCGCGCGGUUUGUCCUCGUCCUCCAGGUUGACCGGUGGCUCGCGGUCGCUGCUGCCCGGCCGGCCGCUGCUCUCGCUGGGCUUGCUGCAGCUGCUGCUCGGCGGAUCCAUGUUGGCGCUGUCCUUCGGAGCUCUGUCCCUCAGCAACUCCCCGCCGAUCCGAAACUCGUGUCCCUUCUGGGCUGGAUCGUCAGUGAUUCUAUCAGGAAUUGUAGGCCUGACAACAUGGAGGAGGCCUAUGUUACUACUGGUCAAUGUGUUUGUACUACUGUCGGUGGUGUGUGUGCUGCUCAAUCUGGCCGGCUUCAUCCUCUGCUGCCAGGGAGCCCAGCUGGUGUCCAGCAUGACGCACUGUCAACUGAGUGAGGUGGGUGAUGUGUGUUACUGCUGCUCCCUCACCCCCAGUUCCAAAUGUCCCGAGGAGAAAGUCCUUCAGCUCCACUCUGGACAUUCCUGCAGCACCAUGAGGAUCCUGCUCAAGAAAGUUUUGUUUGCACUGUGUGCGCUGAACGCCCUGACCACGGCUGUGUGCCUCAUGGCAGCUGCUCUGCGAUACCUCCAGAUCUUCACAGCAAGACCAUGCAUGGACGAACCCCGGGUCACGCUGGAGGAAGGGGAGGAGCCUACUCCGAUCCCGGACCCAGACGAGUUUGUGGCUCCGGCCCCUCCCCCCUCAUACUUCGCCACCUUCUACUCAUACACACCACGUCUUGCUCGCCGGAUGUUUGGGGACAGUGUGAUCCCCCUGCCUCAUAUCUACGGGGCUCGGAUUAAAGGGGUCGAGGUCUUCUGCCCCCUAGACCCCCCUCCUCCAUAUGAGAGUGUUGCUGGCUCCACCAACGCUGCCGUCACACAGGAGACAGAGAUUGCCAUGACAGAGCUGCCCACGAAUCCAACAACUCCCAUAUGUGAUGUUGCAACCUCUAUCCAAGACACUAGCCCUCAGUUGGAAUUGGAAGUGCCAGGCUCAGUGCACCAAUCCCACUCCCAAUCCCAGUCCCAGUCCCAGCUCCAGCUCCAGCCCCAGCCCCUCCGACAGCAGCACACCCCAGCAUUCACACCCUGGAGGAGACCGAGGAUUCAUCGCUCCAGUAGUGACCCCGUACUGUUGGACCUCACUGCUAAAGUCCUGAGCAGCGACACUCCCCUCGUCCCCUCCCCUCAGACGACUGAUUCUUCCACCCAGACCUCCCAGUCAACGUUGGCAGCCCAGACCCAGGGCCAGGUCACCCUCAGGCGGGGGAACAAUGGCAGCAGGGCCCCCCGACGGCCCCGCCCCUCCUCCAUGGUGGAUUACCAGAGCUACCAGCACACCCAGCAGCUGGUCAGGAAAAUACUGGAGCAGCCAGCUGCCCAAGGACUGGCCCCUGAGGUGCAGGAGCUGGUAGACAGCAUACGGAAUGUCCUCCAGUCAGAUCAGGAGCACAUGGAGGAAGCUGUGCGCUGUGCGAGCUUCAUAGAGCAGGUGUUUACUGAAUCGGAGGCAGGUCAGGGUUUACCGGCCCGUCAGCCUCCUGUCUCCCACCAUCGACCUCGCCAGCAGCAGGCAGGCGGAUGCUCUCAGACUCUUCCCCUGCCCCCCAAGAGGAGGCCUGCUCUGCUCCACCUGCGGAGCUGUGGCGACCUCAGCUCUUUCACCUGGGCCGCUCUGGAGCCUUUGGAGCACAGAGGAAUUAGCACAAAGCUGGGGUCAAGGACAGGGUCGAGGGCGGUCUCCAGGGCAGGGUCACGUCUAGACCAUCACGAGCGUCCUCACAGUCUAAUAGGAGUCUUCAGAGAGACAGUGCUCUAAGGGAAUUCCUCUAUCAGUAUCUAACUCCCCAGCCAUAUAAUAGUAACAGAAAUAUGUCGGGUGGUAGAAACAGUUGGUAGAAAUUGGGACUGUUGCCAAACAGUUAGAGAAAGCUACUAAAAAGACAUUCAGCAACCCAUGGACUGCAAACCUGGGGAGGUUUGUUGUGUGUGUGUGUGUGUGUGUAAGGGUGCAAGUUUUAAAAUUUGUGCCAUGCAAAUAUUGUUUUUGCAGCUGUUACCUUUUUGAAACAGAACAUAUGGGCACCUUGUAUUCAAACAUAGUACCCAACAUCCAAAGGUUUUAUAUGGUUCCUGAAAGUUCAUUGUAAUUUUACUCUUGUAGUAGAUGCUCUAUUUGCUUCAGUCAACUCCCACUGCUGAAUGGUACAAUAGCAACAAUGUAUGUUGAUUUUAAAAGUUCAGAGGUAUUGGCUUAACCAUAUUCAGGUCACAGGUAAACCUUGUGUUAUUUUCUUUAUUAAAGCUCUUCCUUUAUAAA